AUGCGCGCCUUGGAACAUCUUGCGAGGACGAAGGCGCCUGCGAAUGCCGGCCUACUGGUUCCGACCGCCUCGAAGGGUUUACGUCACGUCGAGGAUGAAUGGGGGUCGGCCUGCCAGCGCUCAUCGCGCUCUUCCUCGUCGUCCAACGCGUCCCCCUCGACGCUCGUCACCCCCGAAAAGUACCGUGUUAUCGCGGCUCGAUACCCGCGCACCGUUUACACGUUUUGCCCUUGCACGGUCUGCAAGCCGCAUCGCAUAUCCCGGUCCACACCGCAGCGCGCCCUCUUCACGAGCCCAGCAGCCUCCUCCAGCAUGUCCGGAUCAAAUCACCAUCUCCACGAGGUCAUCCUCAGAUGGCCACACUCCGACGCGCAUCAAGUCAUCGUAACCGGCACCUUCGACCAGGCAAGUUCGCCAGUCCCAUAA